AUUGCACCACAACCGGUAAGUCAAUUCAUUUCACCACCUGCAACGACUGUAAGAAAAGGAAAGAAAGCAGGUGUAGGCGAAGAGGAGAGGAGGCAGGAGACUAAAGAGGAGUCAGGAGACAGCAGGACACUGUAGAAAAGACACUGUUUAUAAACUGUAGACAGAAGAGAAGACAGGAAGUUGGAGACUGAAAGGAAAAGAGGAGAGGAGGCUGGAGACUGAAUAAAAGAGAGGAGGCUGGAGACUGAAUACAAGACAAACAUCUCUGUCAUGGAAGAACACACCCAUUCAGGUGACCCCCUCUCAGAUCUGAGGAUUGUGUUGCUAGGUAACCACCUAUCUGGGAAGAGUUCAUCAGGAAAUACCAUCCUGGGCAGAGAGGAGUUUGACCUGAGGACAUCUGCUCAGUGUGUGAAGAGACAGGGAGAAGUAGCAGGGAGGCAGGUCACUGUGGUCGACACUCCAGGAUGGAAUAAGAACCUCUCUGUACAGAGGACCCCUGACAUUAUCAAGAAAGAGAUCAUGCUCAGUGUGUCUCUGUGUCCCCCAGGACCCCACAUUCUUCUCCUGGUCAUACAGAGUUCAUCAUUCACUGAGGAAUACAGAAGAUCAAUAGAGGAACACCUGGGUCUUCUCAGUGAGCUGGUCUGGAGUCACACUAUAGUGUUGUUCACCUGGGGGGACUCUCUGGGAGACACAACCAUUGAACAGCACAUUGAGGGUGAAGGGAAGGACCUCCAGUGGCUUGUUGAGAAAUGUGGUAACAGGUAUCAUGUUCUCAACAAUAUGAACAGGGGUGAUGGAACUCAGGUCACAGAGCUGCUGGAGAAGAUAGAGGAGAUGGUGGCAGGAAACAGAGGAGGACAUUAUGAGAUAAACAGAGAGAUACUGCAGAAGAUAGAAGAGAGAAGGACGACAGACAAAGAAAGAGGGAAACAGAGACUGAUGAAGGUGAAGAAACAGAGAGAGACCCUCAGAUCACUAAUGGGUGAAUCCUUCCAUCUGUCAGAUCUGAGGAUUGUUCUGCUGGGUUACAAACCAUCUGGGAAGAGUUCAUCAGGAAACACCAUCCUGGGCAGAGAGGAGUUUGACCUGAGGACAUCUGCUCAGUGUGUGAAGAAACAGGGAGAAGUAGCAGGGAGGCAGGUCACUGUGGUUGACACUCCAGGAUGGUGGGAAUAUGAUUCUCUAAAGGAGACUCCUGAGCUGGUUAAACAGGAGAUCAUGCUCAGUGUGUCUCUUUGUCCCCCAGGACCCCACACUCUCCUCCUGGUCAUACGGGUGGAUGUAUCAUUAACUGGGGAACACAGAAGAUCAGUAGAGGAACACCUGGGUCUUCUCAGUGAGCUGGUCUGGAGUCACUCUAUAGUGUUGUUCACCAGAGGGGACUUUCUGGGAGACACAACCAUUGAACAGCACAUUGAGAGUGAAGGGAAGGACCUCCAGUGGCUUGUUGAGAAAUGUGGAAACAGGUAUCAUGUUCUCAACAAUAUAAACAGGGGUGAUGGAACUCAGGUCACAGAGCUGCUGGAGAAGAUCGAGGAGAUGGUGGCAGGAAACGGAGGACAUUGGAAACCACCCCCUCCAUCACAGAACAUAGACCAUCAUCCUCCCAGUAGCAUGAGUUUGGAGGAAAACCAGGACAAAACAUUGCUACCAAAAAAGGGAGCUUGGAGCAUCGAAAUCUAUCCACCAAGCAUGAGUGGAGAAAGCAGACCCGACACUGGAUAUGGUUCUGAACAGAUGUCUGAGGAUGGAUCCAAGACGGACCCUCUGCCUCGGCCUAGAAGAACCAUGGAAGGCAUGAGUUUGGAGGAAAACCUGGACAAAACAUUGCUACCAAAAAAGGGAGCUUGGAGCAUUGAAAUCUAUCCACCAAGCAUGAGUGGAGAAAGCAGACCCGACACUGGAUAUGGUUCUGAACAGAUGUCUGAGGAUGGAUCCAAGACGGACCCUCUGCCUCGGCCUAGAAGAACCAUGGAAGUGAGUGGAGACAGCAGAGCUGAGUCUGGAUAUGAACAGAUGUCUGAGGGUGGAUCUGUAGGUGAACCGCUGCUAAACCCUCAGAGAAAGAUGUUAGACUUCAUUUCUGAGGAUCUAGAGGAUCUUCAGUAGUAGACUGGUAUCAUGUUGUGGUUCUUCAGUAGUAGACUGGUAUCAUGUUGUGGUUCUUCAAUAGAAGACUGGUAUCAUGUUGUGGUUCUUCAGUAGUAGACUGGUAUCAUCUUGUGGUUCUUCAGUAGUAGACUGGUAUCAUGUUGUGGUUCUUCAGUAGUAGACUGGUAUCAUGUUGUGGUUCUUCAAUAGUAGACUGGUAUCAUCUUGUGGUUCUUCAGUAGUAGACUGGUAUCAUGUUGUGGUUCUUCAGUAGUAGAUGGAUAUCAUCAAAUUAUAUUUUUAAUGAUGAUCACAUUUUUAAACAUUGGGACUAGGGCCAUA